CCCYGGGACCUGCUCCGCGCUCGUGGACCGUUGCUUGCGGACACCCUCCCUCCAGACAUGUCCUCAGAGGUGAAGUUCCCCGUGCCCUGGGGCCACGUGGCAGCCAAGGCCUGGGGUCCCGCGCAGGGUCAGCCCGUGCUGUGCCUGCACGGCUGGCUCGACAACGCCAACACCUUCGACCGGCUCAUCCCGCUGCUGCCCGCAGGGCACCGUUAUGUGGYGAUGGAUUUCUCCGGCCACGGCCUGUCGUCCCACCGGCCUGCAGGUUCCCUCUACCACUUCCUGGAUUACGUGAGCGAGGUGCGCCGGGUGGCAGCAGCCUUGCAGUGGAGACGGUUCACCCUGAUGGGUCACAGUAUGGGUGGGGCUGUGGCAGGAAUGUUCUGUCUCCUUUAUCCUGAGAUGGUGGACAAGCUGAUCCUGCUGGAAAGUAUUGGCUUUCUGCUGGCUCCAGAGGACAUUGAGGAGUGGCUGAAGUCCAAGCGGAUGAUGAUCGACAACCUCCUGAGCCUAGAGGCGAAGCAGCAGCCUCCCAAAGCACGGAGCCCCGAAGCAGCAUUGCAGAGGCUCUUAGAAGCRAACACACAUCUGACAGCACGGGGUGGGGAAGUCCUGCUGCAGCGAGGAGCGACUGUGACACCCGCUGGACUGCUGUAUAACAGAGACAUGAGAGCCCAUAUGCAGAGUCGAGAGUUCCUCACGGUGGAGCAGUGUGUGAAGCUGCUGCGGAAGAUUGAGGACCGCAUUCUCAUCAUCAUAGCACGGGAUGGACUCCUGAUGUCACACAAUCUAGGGCCAAGAAACACCUUUGUGAAACGGCUCCGGGAAGCAUUUGAAUUGGUCCUGAAAGAGGGCAGAAAUGUAGUCGAGGUGCCUGGGAACCACUUUGUUCACCUGAACGAGCCUGAGACGGUGGCUGGGAGCAUCAGCACCUUCCUGACUGCCCACGACGCCAGGGCCAGGCUCUAGACAGCUCCUCGGCGGCCCCUGUCCAGAACAGGGUGCUAAGGGGAAGGCUCUGCCUCAUGUUCAGCAUCAGUUUCACAAUACUCUUUCCUAAGCUUAGCUUGCUGCAGUGGAAGCAGCUCUGCUGGGGUUUCCUGGAGGAGAGCUGAGCAAAGCGUCUCCGUUGUCAAAAGCAAGAAUCCUUCCCUUCCAGCUCUGGGAGUGCAGGGAUAACCCUGGGAAGCCUCAUGCAAGGAGAAGUGGCCUUCCACUUGCUCCUUCCUAACUCCUGAAGCGRAGCAGAGAUACAAGCACAGCCCCCCUUUGUGGCCAAAGCAGCAAGAGCAGUUCCAGAAUUGGGAGAUAAAACAGCUCCUGCUCACGUGCUCUCUGAGGAUGGUGCAGUCAGGGUCAGACCCACUAAUAAAAACGGUGAACGGCUCUGCUGCUCUCCAUGGGUGCCUCAGCUCAGAGGCCCCUCUGUUCUGUGGCCAGAGCUGUUGCCGUGUUAAAACCAGCUUAAAUGAGAGCUCACUUGGGCAUGGAAGGCUGUUUCAAAGGACUCCUAGGGUAUGAGUCAUUAAUCCUCCAGCCAAAGCAGCUGGGAGAACUAAUAGUAACGGGAAAAUUGGUAGAGAUGAUUUCUG